AUGGCCACGCGAAUCCUGGUCACCGGCGGUGCGGGAUAUGUUGGUCGCUUCUUGAUCCCCGCCCUGGAGCAGGAUGGCUAUCACGUGGUGGGGGUGUCUCGCUCGAGCCCUCUGGCAAUGGACGUCAGCAGCGCCAGCGAUUGCGAACGCGUCCUCGGCGAGGUGCGCCCAGAUGUGAUUGUCCACACGGCCGCCUUGAGCGCCCCUGCGACUUGUGAGAAGGAUCCCGAGGCUGCUUUUAGGAGCAACGUUGCGUCAGCCCUGGUGGAGAAGGCAAAGGCAACCAAUCCUGCCACCAGGUUCAUCUUCCUCUCCACCGACCAGGUUUACGAUGGCAAAGGACAUCUUGUAACCGAGGAAGAAGACGGACGCCCGGUCAACGUUUAUGGAAAGACCAAGCUGGAGAUGGAAUCUGUUGUCCGGGAUGCCUUUCCCAGCCACGCCAUUCUCCGGCUCUCGUUCGUCUACGGGCCCACGGUUGAGGGGGCGCACAGCACCUUCCUCCAGUUUGCCCUGGACAAACUUCGGUCUGGUGAGCCUUUCGACGCCUUCACGGAUCAGAUCCGCUCCUGCAUCUACAUCGACGAUGUUGUAGACGCGCUGCGCAUGGCCGUCCAGGGCCGACUCACUGGACUUGUAAACCUUGGAGGACCUGAGGCUUUAUCCCGCCUGGACUUCGUCCGCGCUGUGGCACGGCACGUCGGCGUCGAGGAGGAGCGGGCAAGAGGUUCUACUUACUGCCUGCCGACACCGUCGCCUGCCGACAUCUCCAUGAACAUCUCUCGCCUCGAAGCAAUGAUGGGCCGGCCUCCCAUAUCCCUGGCAGCGGCUCUGACCUCCAUGGAAGCGAAGCUCUGA